AUGAACGGCGCCCAAUUUACAGACCGGGCCAACAAGGCCUUGCUAGACUCUAGCGCUCUGGCCGAACAAUACGCCCACUCCCAAAUUCUCCCUAUCCACCUGGCAGUUGCACUGCUAAAUCCCUCCCAAGACGAUGCCGACAAUCAACAGCCCGCCGGGCACUCCUCACACGAUGCCGCGACCGCGCCACUCUUCCGCCAAGUGGUGGAAAAAGCUCAUGGUGACCCCCAGCUGCUAGAUCGUUCAUUAAUGAAGCUGCUGGUUCGGUUACCAAGCCAAGACCCUCCUCCAGAGUCCGUCAGCGUCUCUCCCGCACUCGCCAAGGUGAUCCGGUCAGCCACCGACUUGUCCAAGACCCAAAAGGACAGCUUCGUGGCGAUCGACCACUUAAUUCAGGCUACCGCUCAGGACUCCCAGGUUCAGCGCGCCCUGGCCGACGCCAACAUCCCCAAUGUUAAAUUAAUCGACACCGCCGUCCAGCAGAUUCGUGGUACACGGCGCGUGGACUCCAAGACCGCAGACUCGGAAAGUGAGAGCGAGAAUCUGAAGAAGUUCACCAUCGAUAUGACUUCUUUAGCUCGUGAGGGUAAAAUUGACCCUGUCAUUGGUCGCGAGGAGGAAAUCCGACGUGUUAUUCGCAUUCUGAGUCGGCGUACCAAGAACAAUCCUGUCCUCAUUGGUGAGCCUGGUGUGGGUAAGACAACUAUCGUUGAGGGACUGGCCCGCCGCAUUGUCAAUGCGGAUAUCCCUGCCAAUCUCGCCCAAUGUAAGCUCCUCUCCCUUGAUGUCGGCUCUCUAGUAGCCGGCAGCAAAUACCGUGGCGAGUUCGAGGAGCGCAUGAAGGGUGUUCUCAAAGAAAUUGAAGAUUCUAAGGACACAAUUGUCCUCUUCGUUGAUGAGAUCCACUUGCUUAUGGGCGCUGGAUCUAGUGGCGAAGGUGGCAUGGAUGCUGCAAACCUUCUCAAGCCAAUGCUGGCUCGUGGUCAAUUGCACUGCAUCGGUGCUACGACCUUGAGUGAGUAUCGCAAGUACAUCGAGAAGGAUCAAGCCUUCGAGCGACGAUUCCAGCAAGUCCUGGUCAAGGAACCUUCAGUCCCGGAAACUAUUUCUAUCCUUCGUGGUCUGAAGGAGAAGUACGAAGUCCACCACGGUGUCAACAUCCUUGAUGGUGCUAUUGUCACUGCGGCUACUCUCGCUUCCCGCUACCUGACAGCCCGUCGUCUUCCCGAUUCUGCUGUCGACCUUAUCGAUGAAGCCGCCGCCGCAGUUCGUGUGACUCGAGAGUCUGAGCCUGAAGCUUUGGAUACCCUCGAGCGCAAGCUACGACAGCUUCAGAUUGAAAUUCACGCUCUGGAACGCGAACAAGACGAAGCAUCAAAAGCCCGUUUGGAAGCUGCCAAGCAGGAAGCUGCCAAUGUCUCCGAAGAACUUCGCCCCAUGCGCCAGAAAUACGAGAGCGAAAAGCAACGCAGCAAGGAAGUUCAAGAUGCCAAGAUCAAGCUUGACUCCCUCAAAGUUAAGCGUGACGAAGCAGAGCGCUCAGGCGACACCGUCACCGCGGCCGAUCUCGAAUACUAUGCCAUCCCCGAAACUAAGACUCUUAUUGAGCGUCUUGAGGCUGACCGUGCCCGGGCCGAUGCCGAGCGCCGAGCUGCCCAUGGUGACGCUGGCGAAGCCCUGCUCGCCGACGCCGUCGGUCCCGAUCAAAUCAACGAGAUUGUUGCUCGAUGGACCGGCAUUCCCGUCACCCGACUCAAGACUACCGAGAAGGACAAGUUGCUCAACAUGGAGAAGUACCUGGGCAAACUUGUCAUUGGUCAAAAGGAGGCUGUUGUGUCUGUCUCAAAUGCAAUCAGACUUCAGCGGUCUGGUCUUAGCAACCCGAACUCGCCUCCCAGCUUCUUGUUCUGUGGUCCUUCCGGUACCGGUAAGACCCUCCUUACCAAGGCCCUCGCGGAGUUCCUCUUCGACGACCCCAAGUCUAUGAUUCGCUUCGAUAUGUCUGAAUACCAGGAACGCCACUCGCUGAGCCGAAUGAUUGGUGCACCUCCUGGCUAUGUCGGUCACGACGCCGGUGGUCAGUUGACCGAAAGCUUGCGCCGUCGCCCCUUCUCCAUCCUCUUGUUUGACGAAGUCGAGAAAGCUGCCAAGGAAGUCCUCACUGUUCUUCUGCAGCUGAUGGACGACGGCCGUAUCACCGAUGGACAAGGCCGCAUUGUUGAUGCUAAGAACUGCAUUGUUGUCAUGACCUCCAACCUGGGUGCUGGGUACCUGUCCCGGCCCACAACCAAAGACGGCCGCAUUGAUCCCCAAACUCGCGAACUGGUUAUGGGUGCUCUCCGCGACUACUUCCUCCCCGAGUUCCUUAACCGUAUCUCCAGUACUGUUAUCUUUAAUCGCCUCACCAGGAAGGAGAUUCGCAAGAUUGUGGAUCUACGACUUGCUGAGGUUCAGAAGCGAUUGGAGCACAAUGGUCGCAACGUCCUCAUCCAAUGUACCGAGGAAGUCAAGGACUACCUUGGUGCAUCUGGAUACUCUCCAGCCUAUGGUGCUCGUCCCCUCGGUCGCAUCAUCGAAAAGGAGGUUCUCAACCGCCUUGCUGUUCUCAUCCUGCGUGGCAGCAUUCAAGAUGGCGAAAUUGCUCGCGUGGUCAUGAUUGAUGGACGUAUCGACGUCUUACCGAAUCAUGAGAUUGGCGAAAGCGACCUUGACGACGACGAAGAAAUGGUUGACUCUGACGACGCUCUCGCGGAGAUGGAGGAUGGCAGUGGCGACAUGGAUCUCUACGAUGAGUAA